CGCUGCCGCCAUCGGGACACGAAAACCUAGUGCUGCUGCCCGUACUGGUUUGCAUGCGGGGUCUGAGCACGGUUACUGAAACGAAACCAGCUCGUUUACCGCAAACCAUCUCUUCCUUUCUUGCACGCACGCACGCACGCCUUCUCACGUGAUCCAGCCAUAUUUUAAACACCGUCCUCGAGCGAGGAAUCGAAAUUUCCAAUCGCGCUGCAGUGCACAGAGGAGAGAGAGCCGGUCGCAGAGAAGAUACUCCUACCCUACCCUUCCACCACUGGAGGAGGAGCUGACUACGCAGACACCAGACAGCCUCGAGUAACGAAAAGGGACAGAGCUCGUUUAAUGGUCACGGCAGCGGCAAGGGGAGAUCGACGAUGAGGUGCGCCAGGCACCCGUACGAGGGCGGCGUCGGCGUCUGCGCGCCGUGCCUCCGCGACCGCCUGCUCGCGCUCGCCGCCGCGCAGAACGCGGCGUCCUCGCUGCCCCCGCCCCCGCCCCCGCCGGAGGAGCAGGAGCCCGAGCCGGUGUUCCCGAGGUCGGUGUCGCCGUACGUGUGCCGCCGCAAGUCCGACGCGUCGGCGCCGCGGGGGCGCCCACCGGGCAGCCUGCUCUUCUUCCGGACGCCGCAGGUCGGCCCCGCGUACGGCGCCGGAUCAGGAGCCGGGUUCGAGGACGGAGACAUCGGGUUCCGGAGGCGGCGCGGCAGGUUCUCCGUGCUCGCCGCGCUCUUCGGCCAGAGGUCGGAGGACGACAAACGCCGCGACAAGGAGGGGGCGAAGUACAGGUCCUCGUGGUGGCUCGCGGGGAUCGUGCCGCGCUCCCGCCGUAGUGGGAGGAAGGACAGAGAGGCCGGUUUGCCGCCGCCAUCCCCGCCGCGGCGCUCGUGCCGCGGGAUCAGCGGCCGGGGGCUCUCGCCUGUGAGGUACACCGACGGAGACGGCGAGGAGUGCACUUCCCCAGCGGAGUCGCUGUGGCUGCCUUCGCCGUCGCCGAUGCGGAAAACCCCGUGCCGCCGCCGCUCGGGACUGGGAGCGCCCGGGGCCGGUGUCUCGGGGUUCUCGAUGUGCAUCAGCCCGCUCGUGCGGCCCAGCAUGGCGAGGCACCUCCGUGGCGGCCACCCGCCGGACGCGAUCGUCUCCGGCGAUCUCCGCCCGUCGCCACUCCACCCGCUCACGUCCAGCGCCUCGCUCCACCAUUGCCGCUCCUGGAAGCUCGCCGAUGGUGGCCGCUUCCGGUGAAUUCAUCGUCUCCCUGUCACUGUGACUGACCCCUGUAAACAUAAACUUCUCUCUCACCGUUCUCCCACUUGUUCAGUCCAUUUUCACCCCCAAAAUCUUACACGACCAUUACAUUUCGGGGGUUUUAUCCUUCUUUUCUUUCUCUCCCUUUUCAUUUUACCUUGACAUGAAAGCUAUGGGAAAAAGCAUUUAGGCCUCGCAAACUGUUCCACUGACACGUGGGCGCCGACAUUUCUAACGGUGCCGUUUGUCAGCGGAACAUGUUGCAACGCUGUAGAAAGGAAGAAGCUCCCCGUACCCAGUGUUUUCGUGCUCGAAUUCUUGUUGCGUUCUGAGAUUCUCCGAUCAAGUAGCAACAAUGCCCGUCUUUAUCCAGUCCCACCGGCGGCAAGGGCUUGUGGUCCGAGGUGGAGUCGACGAGCGUUGUACGGCUUCGGAUCGCGCGCGUACUCUGGUUUGCGCGUGAGCGGGCUUUCUUUGCGCGCCAAAUUCACCGCGAUCGACGGUGCCCAAACCGUCGUCGUGAAAUUCAGCGCCGUCGCCUCGCCGCCGCUGCUGCUUGAGAUGCCAAGCCAGACGAUCCGGCCGGAUGUGGCAUCGCUGGUGCCGGCGGACAUCUACAUCCCGUCGAGCCACUCCCUAUCGCCGACAUCGCGGAGGAGCUCGGGCUCCGGCCAGAGCACUGUCACCACUACUGCAAAUACAAGGCCAAGAUAUGUUUCUCCAUUUUUCUUGAAUGGUGUUUCAUUCCUGAAAAUAGAGACGCCUAAAGAUUGUUCAGAACAUCAGUCGUCUACUUGUGAGCCAUAGUAUCAUAUUGCUGCAGGAAAACACAGAUAUGAGCAUACUGCAGCAAGACAAUGUAAUGUGUAAGUAUACACUAUGCAGCUCAGCCUAUCUCUGUAGUGCCACCGUGUUUGCUUAGCGGAAGAGUGAUGUGAUGAUGCCUUGUUUAUAUUGAUGUUUUUUUAAAAAAAUGUAAUUAUGUCUAUCGAAUAGCAGUAAAAUGAUAUGCAAAAUGCUAUUCAAAAUUAAUCUUGGCUACAUGUAAAGCAUUAAACAUUUUCUGGAUGAUUAAUUGUUUAGGUUAACUUCAGCGGCUUAUUCAAAUUUUACUCUAUGAACGAUAUAGUUUAUAGUGCGAAACAAUGUAAAACAAUUUUUUAGGUGAUUAUAAUAUGGAUGAACUGAUGAAGACAGUCUUAUGAGUUAUAAGUCAUGUCGUUUUA